AUCCCCAGCUGCACCAGAACCAACCACCACCGCUACCACUACACAACAGCCCGCCAUGUCUGCCCCCAAAGUCGCCAUCAUCAUCUACUCCAUGUACGGCCACGUCGCCAAGCUGGCUGAGGCUGAGAAGGCCGGUAUCGAGAAGGCUGGUGGAACCGCUGAUAUCUACCAGGUCCCUGAGACUUUGUCCCAAGAGAUCUUGAACAAGAUGCACGCUCCCCCCAAGCCUGACUACCCCCUUAUCACGGUCGAGAACAUCGUGAACUAUGAUGCUUUCCUGUUCGGCAUCCCAACGCGAUACGGCAACUUCCCCGCCCAAUGGAAGGCCUUCUGGGACUCCACUGGUGGCCUCUGGGCUGGUGGAAAGCUCGCCGGCAAGUAUGCCGGCCUCUUCGUCUCCACCGCUGGAUUGGGCGGAGGACAGGAGUCUACCUGCCUUGCCUCCAUGUCCACCCUCGCCCACCACGGCAUCAUCUACGUCCCCCUCGGAUACUCCCAUGCAUUCCCCAUUCAGACUAACUUGGAGGAGGUUCACGGCGGCUCUCCUUGGGGUGCCGGAACCUUCGCUGGUUCUGAUGGCUCUCGCCAGCCCUCUGCUCUCGAGCUCGAGCUCGCUGAGAUCCAGGGCAAGGCAUUCUGGAACAUCGUCAGCAAAGUCAAGUUCUAAAAUGCCCAAACUAUUGCACAGAUACCAUGUUUCUAUAGUUUACCAACGAUAAUACCUCGGCCUUUUUCAGCGUUGUUCUUUUCUUUUUUUUUAUCCGGACCUGUUGCAUUGAUUAGAUAUCUCGACACUUGUACGAACUUCCACACGAACUUUAAUGUAUAAUGUUGCAUUC